UUCUCCAUCUCUUUCGUCUCGACCUCCCUUUGCCUCGGCGCCCACCUCUCAUUCUUCCAAUUUACCCGGGAGAGACUGUCCGUUCGAAACUUCGACCGACUAAUGAGCAGUAUUACAGGACUACAAGUUAAAUCUCUUCGAAUCGGGGUGGAACCUGUUGAAGUAGAGUUAGAUGAAGAUGCUGGUAUCUUGUGGACUUCACUUCAAACUGCAUUUCCAGGAUGUUCUGGGAUGUACUACCGAGAAAUCGGUGACUCAUGCAAGAAAUCAGUGAAAUUUGAUGGAAAAAAGUUUAUGGCUCCUGGCGGAGCAUGGAAUGAUCGAGAAUACUUUGUGACUUUGAGUCAAAGAUGUCAUACAGCUGCUGGAAAUUCGGGACAUACUGCUUCUUACAGCGACGCCACAAAACAAUUUGAAAAAAGUGUGCAAGCAGUGCAGAAAAUGAUGUUGGCUUCUGGAAUGAAAAUAGAUAUGAGCCAUCUUACAAAGAAGCGCCAACACACUUCUUCUCGUGAAACAGCUUCAUCAACUUCAUCAUCUACAGUAACCCCUGAUCCGAUUCAAGCAAUUGAGGAACGCUCACAAAUGUUGAAAACCGCUGGAAGAGAACUAAGCCCAUUGGAACAACAAUUUUUGGAUUUAUGCCGUAUUUCAACUGCGAAAGAUCAGAUUAUUGAUGCCAAUCGACAGGAAAUCACAAAGAUGAAUGAAACGUUACGAAUUUUGGAAAAAAACUUGAAGGAGACCGAGACAAAUUUAUCUGAAGCAAAUGCGAUGGUUGAUUGCAAACAGCAGGAAUUGGAAAUGGUCAGUGAAGCAUUAAAACGAUUGGAAGAGUCGAGGCAUACUAUCAGCGAGUUGAACCGAAAAUCUGGAAAUUUGGAGGAAAAUGUUACCGAGCUGCAAAUGAAAUUGAUGAAUGUAGAGGAGGAAAAUCACGGACUAAAAGCUCAACUUGAAACAAGUCACAAUAGAAUAAAAGAAAUGUCUGAUACUAUAUCAAUGCUUACUUCAUCAAAGGAUAUUUUGUCAAAAGAACUGGAUCAAUUGAGACCAUUCGCAGAUGCAGCUGGAAUUGAGGAUUAUGAGAAUAUCCCAACGUUUAUUCACGCAAUUCAGGAAAAUAAGGAACUUCGGAAAACAAAUGAAAAUAUGAAACUUCAAUCAGAAGAAACAAAAGAUAAUCAUAAACAGAUGCAAAGUAUUCAUACAGAGGUUUUCGAGGAAAAUGCUAAAUUAAGGAAUAGAAACGAAGAUUUGGAACGAAGAUUUGCACAUGUUGAUGAUGAACUCGCUUGUGUGAAUGAGAAUUGGGCAAAAGAACUGAAAGAGAAACAACAAGAUUGGGAUAAAGUUAAAUACGCAGCAGAAUCAGAAGUGUUAUCUCUACGUGAACAACUUGUCCAUCUUCAAUCAAUUCUUGAAUCAGCAACCCGGGAAGCAGCAGAAAAUGCUCGAAGGUCAGCUGAUCCUCUGCUCGAGUAUUCUCUUAUCUAGAUCACUCUUGCAUUUUUUCUAUUUUUUAAUUCAGAAACGUCAUCUGGGACUGGUAGAUUCGUAGACUUGGUAAUUGAUAAUUCGAAUAUUUUUAUUAUUUUUAAACCAUAAUCUGAAAGAAAUCUUAACAGUCUCAGUUGAUAAGUAACCAAAAUAAUUGAUUGAAUGCCCUGAAAAUGCACAAAUUUUCGUUUCCUUCCAACGUACCUGGAACGUUUUGAUCCAUAUUCCUUUUAUCUCACUUUUUCCCAAAAAAUUCCGGUUUCUUCCGUUUAACGGUUUUCCUUCUCGGUUAUGCUCAACCCUAAUCAGUUUUCGUAUUUGUAAAUAGUUUUAAAAUGAAUAAAAUUUUUGGAUUCA